AUGAACAAGCAGCUUAAUUUUGUUAGAGAUAGAGUAACCAAAUUGCCACCUGGCUUCCGUUUCCAGCCAACAGAUGAAGAGCUUGUCUUUCAGUACUUGAAAUGCAAGGUCUUUUCCUUCCCUUUGCCUGCUUCAAUCAUUCCUGAGCUCAAUGUUUACAAGUAUGAUCCCUGGGAUUUGCCAGGUGGGUUGGAGCAAGAGAAGUAUUUUUUUAGCGGUAAGGAAGCCAAGUAUAGAAUCGGGACCCGGAUCAACAGAGCGACUGCUUCUGGUUAUUGGAAGGCAACCGGGUUAGACAAGCAAAUUAUAUCAAGGAGAAAUCAAAUAGCAGGGAUGAGAAAAACUCUAGUUUUUCACAUGGGGAAGCCUCCACAUGGGUCUAGAACUGAUUGGAUCAUGCAUGAAUAUCGUCUAGUUACUGUAGCAAACAAAGAUUGCAACUCUCCACUGGCAAAGAACCCAAUAAUCGAGAAUUAUUUGAAUCAUCACAUGGAAAAGUGGGUUGUCUGUCAUAUAUUUUUGAGGAAAAGAAAUAAGAAAAGUACUGAUCAGGAGGAGAUUACUCAGAGUUGUUUCAAUAAUAAUAUUAAAGAAGUGAAAAAACCAAUGGCAGUGGUUCAUCAUAUUGAGCCAAAAUUCUUUUAUUCUAUGAGAGAAAAAGGUGGCAUAACAGCUGUGUCAUCUUCCUCAUCAUCAUCUUCUUCAGGUUCGAGCAGUAGUAUCACUGAGGUUUCUUCAAGUGGAGCAGACAACAUUGGAGAAAGCAGUAGCUGCAAUAUUGUAUUUUGA